UCUUUCUUAUGCAUUAAAAUAAUAAGCUAGCAAGUGUUGACAAUCCAGUGAAACUUCAUGAUGCACUAUUUCUACCAAGUUCAGUGUGGCCUUGAGGACAAUUUUUAAAUGAACUAUGUCACAGAUGAGAUGGCAUUUUAAACGUCACAAUUUGUUUUCUGUUUGCAACAAAAAAGAAUGUAUAUUAUUUUUACCUAUAGUUUCCCUUUUUACAGCUUAGUUUGCAAAGACGCAUUUAGAUUGGGAAAUUCAACAUUUUAAUAAAAACGGCCUUCUUUGAAAACCAUCUUUUCUGAAUGCAUUUCUUUAUUCAAACAAAAACAUGUUUUUUUUCUGCCAAGUCUUGAACCAUAUUUUUCACAUUUCGUGAUUCACCGCAACAACGGACUUGCUAUCAAUAUCCUAAAUACUCACUAGGCAUCAGCACCAUGUGUGGACCGUGCUUGAUGGUAAUCUUCUGCUCAUGUGCACAAGGCUUCUGCUGAGUUGCAGACCUGUGGAUUAAGGAGUUGGCUUUAAAAGGGCCUCCGCGUAGCCUGUUCCCUCCCCUUUAUUGUUCUCCUUCAUUCUCUGCUGCUGGAGCUGCAAGACAAACACUAACCAGACACAAUGAACCAGAAGGUGGUACUCAUCACAGGCUGCUCUUCUGGGAUUGGCCUCGCCUUGGCUGCCCGCAUCGCAAAAGAUGAGAAGACAAAGGUUGUAGUCUAUGCCACCAUGAGAAACCUAAGUAAGGGUGAGGCGCUGGUGGAGGCAGCAGGUCGGACUCUGGGCAGGACUUUGGAGAUCAAACAGUUGGACGUAUGUGACGAGGACUCCAUUAAAGCCUGUGUGGACAGCCUGCCCGAGCGCAGGGUGGACAUUCUCAUAAGUAAUGCAGGGCUGGGUCUGAUUGGACCUAUUGAGUGUCAGUCAAUCGAUGAGAUGAGGACUGUCAUGGACACCAACUUCUUUGGGUUUGUGCGGUUGCUGAAAGAAAUCCUACCUGCCAUGAAGAGGAGGAAAAAAGGCCAUAUUGUGGUCAUUAGCAGCGUCAUGGGCAUUCAGGGAAUUUUAUUCAAUGACGUCUAUGCAGCAUCCAAGUUUGCAGUGGAAGGCUUUUGUGAAAGCUUAGCAAUACAAGCCAUGAGGUUUAAUCUCAAUAUCAGCCUGAUAGAACCAGGUCCAGUGAUAACAGAGUUUGAGCGUAAAGUCUAUGAUGAGGGCUUAAAGACUGAUCUCAGCAAAGCUGACAAGGUGACUGCUGACAUGUUCUCAAACAUCUACUUGAAGAACUACAAACAAAUCUUUGAAACCCUCGGGCAGACUGCUGAGGAUAUAGCAGAGCAUACUUUCAAGGUCAUCACCAUGGACGAUCCCCCUUUCCGUCAUCAGACAAACACGGUUUACACCCCUGUGACCACACUGAAAUAUGCAGACCCCAACGGUGACCUCCCAAUUGACACAUUCUACAAAGUGGUAUUUGAACACGACAAGGUCUUCAGCGCCAGUCUAAACUUCCUCAAACUUCUGCGCUGGAGAAGUCGAAAGAGCUUUACCUUGGAAAAGGACAAGAGCAACUAAUAAAAUCCAUAUCUCAUCA